AUGGAAUGGGAAUCUCUGGUCACAAAGCUACAAUGGACAUUACCGCCUGUUGACCUCUUAUCCACAGAUGAGGCCACAAACCCCACUAAGUGCUCAUUCUCUGUUGUCAACCCCAAUUCAAACCACACAGUUGGAGGGUUUAUAGAUGUCAUUUUGAUAGCUAGAGAUACUAAAAACAGGAUCAAAACCUAUGGAGGGGACUUUUUUCAGGCCAAGUUGUUUAACGCAGAACUUAAGGCCAGUACUUAUGGAGCUGUAACAGACCACUUUAAUGGCACCUACACUGCCCGCCUGGCCCUGCUUUGGCCCGGACCUGCCAAGGUGUCCAUCCGCCUAGUGCACUCCAGUGAGGCCGUGCAGGUACUGUGCAGGCAAAGGGAACAGGACCCAGAUAAGGUCUACUUCCAAGGCUACUUUGAGGAGGGUGGCAAGCAGGAAACAACGAUGUGCAAUGCCCAGAGAAGUCCUAGGCUGGUGGGGAAUGACUUGCAGUGUUGCUGUGAGUACAGAGAGCCAGUCACCGGAGAGUCCUGGUUCUGUCGUCGGCCAUCUUCCCUGCCCUGCCAUGCUUUGACCUACCACAGCAUGGGUGGUUACCAGGCAGUACUCUCCAAGUUGGAGACAACUCUUCUUAAUAGGUAGAUAUCUUUCAAUCGGGUGUCAAAUAUGCAGGUUGGGGGUCAUUGUUUACCCACCAUCUGAUUUAAUGUGGCCCCUCUUGUUAUCCAAACACAAUCCUAUCCUAUUAUUUGAGAAUAUUUUAUGUUGGGGAAAGAGGAACUCACAUAACAUUGGUGAAUUGACAAUUCAUGCUGUUCAGGAAAAUAAAGUAAAUUGCUGUAGACCCAAUGUUAGCAGAAAUGUGUACAAACCAUGACUGCACUGCAUCCUGUUCCAUCACUUAAUGGUAGUGUCUCCAAAUUAUUGAUUGUUUUUCUUCACACCAAAAAUUUUUUUUUAUUUUUUGCAGAUUCACAAAAUUUUUUUACCAUAUAAAAAUUCAGUGUACAUGCCCAGAAACAGGGAAAGGAAAACCCGUAAGUCCCUAAAAAACUAUUCCCCUUUCCCCCUUUUUACUUAAUCCAUUACACAAAUACGCCCCCCUUUGGGGGUUCUGAAACCCACACCAAAUCACCCAGUCCCUUGGGUUACUGAAAACCCUUUACACAAAUACAGCAUAUUUUGGGUUACUGUAAACCACUACACAAAUACGCAAAAUUUGGGUUUACGUAAUACCAUUCCCAAAAAGAAACGCAUACCUUGGGUUACUGAAAUCCAUUACAAAAACACAGUACCUUGGGUUUUACGAAAAUACCCUAACUAAUACACAUACAUUGGGUUACUGUAAUCCCAUUACACAAAAUAAAACAGACCUUGGGUUAGAAUACUUACAAAAUACAGCAUUUUCCUGGGUUCUGUAUCCAUUACACAAAUACCAUCCCUUUGGGGUUACUUAAUCCAACCCGAAUACAGAGAAACCUUGCUUUACGUAAUCCUUUACACAGAAUACAGCAGUUCCUGGGUUUUAUUGAAAUACCAUUACACAAAUACAGAUUCCUUGGGUUAUUUAAUACCUUACACAAAUACAGCGUACCUUGAAAUUCUGUAAACCAUUACACAGAAACAGCAUUCCCCUUGGGUUUUAUGUAAUACCAUUACACAGAAUACAGCAUUCCUUGGGUUUUGUAAUACCUUUACCAAAACACAUAUUGGGUUUUGAAAUACCUACCAGAAACACAGUACCUUGCAUUACUGUAAUCCAUCACAAAUCCAGUUCCUUGGUUAUUUAAACCUUUACCAAAUACAGCGCCGGCUUACUGUAAUAUCACUACCAAAAUACGCAUUUCUUGGGUUUUUGUAAUCCCCUUACACAAAUCAGCAGUUUUUUGCAUACGUAAUACCAUUACCAGAAACAGCAUUUUCCUUGGUUUAUUGUAAUACCAUUACACAGAAUACAGCAGUACCUUGCAUUACUGUAAUACCAUUACACAGAAUACAGCAGUUCCUUGGGUUAUUGUAAUACCAUUACACAGAAUACAGCAGUACCUUGCAUUACUGUAAUACCACUACACAGAAUACAGCAGUUCCUUGGGUUAUUGUAAUACCAUUACACAGAAUACAGCAGUACCUUGCAUUACUGUAAUACCACUACACAGAAUACAGCAGUUCCUUGGGUUAUUGUAAUACCAUUACACAGAAUACAGCAGUACCGUGCAUUACUGUAAUACCACUACACAGAAUACAGCAGUACCUUGCUACCUACAUAAGUCACAAUCUUUAAACAAGUCAUAUCCUUUGUUAUCUGGUUUAAACCUGGCUUGUUAUCAACUUGCAAACUGGUGUCAUUAUCACAAAUCAGCGUCCUCUACCUCGACUAACCUGUAUCCCCGUACAUUGACUCGGUACCCCCUGUAUAUUUGAUUUUUUACUUUAUUUUAUUUAGUAAAUAUUUUAUUAACUUUUUCAUGCAUUGUUGGUUAAGGGCUUGUAAGUAAGCAUUUCACGGUAUUCGGCACGUGAAAAUAACAUUUUAUUUCAUGCUAGCGAUGCAGAUUCGGCUCAGAUGAUCUAACAAUGAUUUCUCUCUCUCUAGGUCCAAACACAAAAUGCCGUCCUGGUUUGCACACCCCAGUACCGUCUGGAUUCUACCUCCAGGAUCGCUGGACGUCCAUGGUGUGUGACUCAAAAUCAUUUCCCUCAGCUAAACUGAUAUCUGGAUGCCUGAAGGACAAACAGAUCCUUAUGAUGGGUGACUCCACUCUCCGUCAAUGGUUGGAGUACCUGGAGAAAACUGUGCCAACACUGAAACGCCUGAACCUUCACACAUCAAGCAAAUCGGGCCCCUUUGAGGCAGUCGACACCCAGUCCAACACCCGUAUCAUCUGGCGGGCCCAUGGGAUACCUAUACGGAUGAGCAAGACCCCCUGGGCUGACCUCCACUACAUCGGCAGGGAGGUGGAGGGUCUGGCAGGGGGUGCACACUCUGUAGUCGUCUUCACCAUCUGGGCUCAUUUCACCACGUACCCACUGGCUGUGUAUGCACACCGUCUGGUCGUCAUCCGUAGGGCUGUGGCGUCGCUGCUAAGACGAUCUCCCACUACUCUGGUAGUGAUCAAAUCAGCCAACACAGGCUACAAGGAUGUGUACGGCAGCGACUGGCUCUCCUGGCAGCUCGACAUGGCUCUAAGGGAAAUAUUCAGGGACUUGCCCGUGGUCCUCAUUGACGUUUGGCAGAUGACCUCCUGCCACUAUUCUCCGGAUAACAUUCACCCGCCCCCGUGGUGA